GGGGUUAUCUCCCUAUAUAACUCUCUGGUUGUUGGCCAAGACAUUGUUUCCCGGACAUACCUGCUUGGCAGUUAGCUACCUAGAUUAGGCCAAGUCACCGUCUCGGGGAUAACGUAGCGAACAUGAAGCCCUCUACACCAUUCCUAGCACACCUCGGGGUGUUGGCCCCUGUUGUCUACGGGGCAGUUCACAACUUGUUUGUGGGAAAUUUACGGCCGCCCGCGGCCAUUUAUGCCCUCGAAUUCAACGACGAGACCAAUGAUUUCAAGCUCUUGAAAAACAAUACGGCCGACGCAUCCCAUGCGUGGAUUACCUUUGACGUGAGCCCCUUUUACUGCGUCUAACCGUCUGGCCUCACAAGUGUUAACAUACCCUUCUUGUGAUUAGCACGCCAAGAAGAACAUCUACGGCGCUUCACUCAACGAGACGCGAAUCGCCA